UAGGGGAGGUCCCUGUCACGGACACUAAUUUUCUUCGUAGUAGUCUCACGAUUAAUACACGUAAAGAAAAAGAACUAAAAGCCCAAUUCGGCUUUGAACAUCUGAAAUCCACUUGACAGCAAAAGAACAAGAGAAACAUUUGUUUCGAACACAGGUCUAACCCUUCGAAAUACUAAAUCAUAGAGAAACACGUUAGUAGCGUCGAUAAUCACGUGAUACCAGGGACGCCCUACUGCAACCAAGACAUGUUACGGCGCAAACGUCAAACAGGGACUUCGUAGUAGAAGGCUUUGUAUGCAAUAACUUAAGCUCUAUUUCUUCCUUUUUGGCUACAUUAAAACAGGAGAGAUAUAAGCAGAAAAAUGGAUUCACUAUCCCUAGAAGUUGAACGGAAAUUUUUCUUUAAACCUGAAACUGAGCUUAAACUAAGAGAUUUGGGAGCAGAGCUGAAAAGAGACCAAAGAAUUUGUGAUCGUUACUUUGACAAUGAACACUUUCAGCUAACGCUGGCAGACCACUGGUUGAGAAUGAGAGAUGGAUAUUGGGAGCUGAAAUGUCCCCCAGGAAAAAUAGAUAACUCUUUUGGGCCUGCUACUCACUACCUGGAAAUUACUCAAGAGGAGGACAUUAUCUGCCGUGUAUGCAAGGUUCUGGGCUUGAUACAGACUGCAUGGAUAUCAGUGGCAGAUCUUGUUCAAAGUGCAGGGCUUGAUGAGUUUGCCAGUUUUGUCACUGAACGCAAGGUCUAUACCCUCCCUUGUGGGAGCCACGUAGAUUUGGACAAGGCAGAUUUUGGCUACCAGAUUGGGGAGAUUGAAGUCCUAGUGAGUGAUGUCAGCAAAACAGAUAAUGCACUUGAGAAGAUAAACAGCCUCGCAGAAAAGCUUGGCCUAACAAAUACAGAAAGGAUUCCAGGAAAGAUGGAUGCUUUUCUUAUGCAGUUCCGACCCUUGCAUUACAAGAAACUGCAGGAAGCACAUAUUCUUUGAACAGGAGAUACCACUGCAAGAUUAUGUCCAACGUAAAGGACAAAACAGAUACUUAAGCUAUUGUAUGGUCACCCAGCCUUGAUGCUUUUUCUUUCUGUGCUGCUUCUCCCCUCUAACAAAAUGUUUUCAGCAACUCAGAGACAUUUUUCUGUCCAUGUCUGUCUGACUUAUUCUCAGCAGCUUUCUUGAUAAAUUAAAAAUUGUAUAAAACAAUGGAUAAUUCUGUGAUAAUUAAGUUAAAAAAAGAGCACUUUAACCCUUCACAUAAGGUAUUAGUGUCUCAUUAAAAGUUAUAGCCAAUGGUCUGUGUAGUUAUAUUCUAUUAAGUUUUUUAUAUGUAUAUUCCUGAAAGAACUGAGAACUUGAAGUAUAAUUACUUUAUCAGUUAUAAGACUGAGUAAUGUUGUGUAUUUUUUUUUUUUACAAUGGAACAUGUGUACUUAUGGUUCCCCAUCUGGAAGCUGGAAUCUGUAGUUGAAUUAUUUCAUAAAAUCCCAUUUUAGUUUA